AUGGCAUUUCAAUUUCUAGUUUUCAUUCUUAUCCUCUUUGGGAGUUCAUUGAGGCUGCUAGAAUCGAUCACUGCAGCCAGUGGAAUUAUCAUAGGGAACGAAAUAGAUCAACUUGCUUUGUUGGAAUUCAAACAACAAAUUUAUGAUGAUCCAUGUGGAGUACUAAGUUCUUGGAACGAUUCCAUCCAUUUCUGCAACUGGGUUGGGAUCACAUGUGGUCAUCUUCAUCAACAACGGGUUAUCAGCUUGAAUUUACAAGAGAAGGGUUUGGGAGGAAACAUAUCUCCUUCCAUAGGAAAUCUUACUUUUCUGCAUUCCCUCAACAUUGCAAACAAUAGCUUCCAUGGCAAAAUCCCCCAAGAGAUCGGAAAUUUGUUUCGACUACAAGUCAUUUAUUUUGAAAACAACACUCUUGGAGGAGAACUUCCUAUCAGCUUAGCCAACUGCACUCUUCUAAGAGAAAUUCACUUCUCCAAUAACAAUCUUUCGGGGAAGAUUCCGGUUGAACUAUUUACGUCUUCGUCAAAUCUGGAGCUUAUUUCCAUUAAUUCUAAUGGAUUAACAGGAGAAAUACCAGCUUCUAUUGGGAACAUUUCCUCCGUCCGAGUUAUCUCUUUGGGUGUAAAUGAACUGCAGGGGAGCAUUCCAGAAUCCUUGGGCCAGCUAACAAACUUAUACGCUCUAGCACUUCAUGUAAACAACCUAUCUGGUAUUGUCCCUCUUUCAAUAUACAAUAUCUCAUCUCUUCAACUUAUAUCUCUCGUAUACAACCAACUGCAUGGGAGCCUUCCACAAGACAUAGGGCUCACUCUUCCAAAUCUCCAACAACUAGGAUUUGGAAGAAACCUUUUCUCAAGGAGCAUUCCGAAUUCCAUCUCCAAUAUUUCAACACUCCAAGUGAUUGAUCUCGAUGGAAACAAUUUUGUUGGAUCAGUCCCUAACAACUUGGGAGAUCUUCAAAAUCUUCUAUUAUUCUUUAUGGCUGGAAAUCAAUUUGGAGGGGAAGCUGGUGAUUUAAAUUUUCUAAAUGAUUUGGUCAAUUGUACAAAUCUAUGGCUUUUGGACCUACAAGCUAAUGGUUUUGUGGGUCCUAUACCAAACUUUAAAGCCAAUCUUUCGACACAACUCUUACAACUUCUUUUGGGACGGAAUCAAAUAUCUGGAACCAUUCCUGCUGGGAUUGAGAACCUUGUCAACUUGACCGAUUUGGCCUUGGAGGGAAACUUUCUCGAAGGUAAUAUUCCAUCUGUUAUAGGGGAACUUUCAAACCUUCAAAGAAUAUACUUGGAUGCAAAUAGACUUUUAGGAUAG